AUGUCGAACCAAAAUGCUACGGUUUUACUAUCUAGAAUUUUGUCACUACGGGAGAAUUCAUCGUUCCACCUAAUCCUAGACUCCUUAACUCAAUCAUCGUUUUAUUUGAUGAAGGAGUAUGUGCAUCAUCUCAAUCACAAUUACAAAAUUGCUUACUUGUCUUAUGAAACAGUCAAUCGACCACGUUAUGCAACUGAUUUUUUUGACUGUACUGAAGUUGCAAUUGACCAGGUUGUACUGUUCAUUAAGACUCAAAUGAAGAAUGCUUCACCAACCUCAAAAUUGGUCGUCAUAAUUGACUCAUUGAACUAUAUUCUGAAUGAAAAUUUAACCCAAUUUAUUUCAAAUAUAGUGGGUCCAAAUGUGGUGCUCAUAGCUACCUUCCAUACAAAUUGUGUGGCACCAUUCACUAGACAUGCAAAUUAUCCAUCCAGUCUCUCAUUGCUCACCUACAUUGCUAGCACCAUUUUUGAAGUUGAGCCUUUAUUGAGCCAGUCAGUUGAUGAAGAGACCAUAGAGAGAAGCGUUUUGAGAUUGAACUUCCCUAUCAAUGCACAAUUAAAUAGUGACGUUUUCAAGCUUACAUUAACAAACAGAAGAAAGUCAGGCAGAUCAUUGGUGUACAGGUUUAGUAUUCAAAGCAAAAGUCAUACAUAUGAGAUACUAAACAACGCUUCCCGAGCAAAAGAUGAUGACGAAGAAGACGAAAUGUUGAAGAAUUUGACUACGUUCAAUUUAACUACUAGUAACAAACAGAAGUUGGCCAGAGAACAGGUUGAGUUACCUUUCAUGCAAGCCCAAGAGACACUUGGCUCGGCUGGAGGUGCAAUUGUCUACGAAUUUGAGAAGGACGAUGACUAUGACGAGGAGGACCCAUAUGAAGAUCCAUUUUAA